AUGGGCCGCAGAUCCAGGUUCUUCGCUACGGCAAGCCGCAAGGCCCAUACCGAGAAGGAUGCGGAAAUAGAAACGCCAGAUUCGAGCUGGAACGAUGAUAGCUACGCUCCAUUUGGCGUGGUCCUUCAAUCGAAGGCAGAGAGGCUGCUGGGAACCUCUGGUCUUCCGACGAGCCACUACCCAGGGAGCGCGUCGGCGCAGUGUUCGGCCUCCACGCCGAACCUCGAGACGAGUCCCAACUAUACCAAUAUCACCCUAUCGGAGGCGAGCGUCGAGUCGGACAUAGAAAUACCAGGCGCGAGAACGGUUGAGGGCAUUGCAAUACCACCACAAUUCCGGACUCUCAAUCCGAAACCUUCAUCGAAUGUUCUUGGGAUGCACAACUAUGACUCGCCGCGGUCUGGAUCUAUAAGCAGUCAUACGAGCGGGCGUCUGCACCAUCAAGGUUCUUCGUCUACCCUGCGGUCGUACUACGAUCCUGCGAAGUCACCCCUCUCCAUAUCUCAGCAAACCUCGGCAUCGGCGGUUCGCGAUAUGGCUCUUCGGAAAGGCCAUCCAUCCAAGCUUCGGGACACGAUCGAGUACAAUGGGUCUAGGGAGUCGCUCUCUCUGUCGAAAGUGGUGAACCGUGCUGCAGCAACGCCUCCGCAGAAUAGUCGCGGCAACAAGCCGAGGAAAAUAGACCUAUCCAGCUUGUUCCCAAAGCCGAGACGGUUGGGCGCACAAGGAGGGGCCAUGCUAUCGCCAAACAAAUUCGUGGACUCGCCGGACCGAGUGUCAGCAACAUCUGAGUAUUUCCCGGUCCAGAAGUUAGAGGCUCCGUCACGCCCGAAUGUUCCAUCAAUUAAGAGCAAUAGAAGCAUUCAGGAGGAGCGCAGAGUACUUACGAAACCCAAUCCCCACUCGCCGCAGCGCACAGUACAGCGGGAGAUAUACGACAACGCCAAGGUCAACAUCAGGAGACCACCUCGAGGCAUACAAAACUGGUUUGACGGAUUGUUAGAAGAGGAGGAUGAGGACAGUCUGGAAGAAGAAAAACUUCUGGAGGCUGGGCCGCCCGUCUCGCAAUACACCUACAACCAAAAUACCAGUUCCAGUUCACACCUGCAACGACAGCCUAGCCCGGAGAAGAUGUUCAAUUGCGAUGGGGCGAGAGUCGAUAUACAAAACCGAUAUCUGAAUCCGGUUUCUCACUUCAGCACGACCACUCAGCAGACUACACCACAAUAUCCACCGAACGAGCGCCGAGAGAGUCACAGCUCCUUGUACAGUCAUGUGACGGGCACAUCAGCCAUAACCAGAGAAAGCAAACUCUCCAGCUCGAAUCUCCAGACCGAAAGCAUCCUCUCCUUCUCGUCCGAGGAAGAGGAUGCCAAUCAUCGACUACAAAACUCCGCCUGUGGUAGUAUCGCGAUAACAGCCGACAACGAUAGCAGGAUCAACACUAGAAAACCCCGACCCGGCCGAGACAGCCCCCAGCCGUACGUUGGCCGAAAAAAGAAGCCCCCGGAAAUCGAUACGUCCCGCUACACCGCCACAACAUACAGUGUCUUUCCGCCUUCCAGCGAUACAGAACACUUCCCCCUUCCUCGCCACAGCCGCGGCAUGCGACAGUCGCAGGCGCCCUCAUCAAUACUCGUCAGCAGUCCGUUGCAGUCGCCCACCUCCAUGGGGACGAUCAGCGCGAUUGCCUCUCCCACUGAAUCUCAGUUUGCACUUAGCGCCCGCAGUUCCCGCAGCGAACCUAGCGCUCUUCAGACGGAACAACAUAAGCUCAUGGCCGUGACCAAAGAAGAAGAGGCACUCCUCGAAAUGCUGCGCCACAAGCGUACCGCAAUGGCCAAGCACAACUUCACCCAGGGCUACAAAACCGCCCUCAAGCAGGGGAAGGUUGAAAAGCGGAAAAGCAGGCAACCACCUCCAGCGCCGAUGGAUUUCAGUGCGCUGCGCCCACCAGAGACCAGUGGGUAUCUGGAAACGGUGAUGCCUGGCCCCGACGGCCGCGUGAGUCCGGGCCUUCCGGGCGAUGUGCUCGGCGCAUUUCCCACUCCUGACGCGCUGAAGGAACGCGCGGCGAGUGUCGCGUCCAACUCCCCACUCUCCCCGCGAUUCCAUGUCACCACGACCACGGCCCUCCCCAACCGGCCCCGAAACUCUCAGCCCACGGGCCCUUUGUCAUCUUGCAACCGCGACCCGCCAUCCCACAGCUCAGACGCACCUUCACCACGCCCCUACUAUCACCUCCCCGCCCGAACCACCGCCUUUGCGCCCCUCAGCGUCAGCAUCCCCAGUCCGACACUUCCCCUCCAUAUGACCCUCCCGGUUCCACUCACCCCGCCCAUCCUCGCUUUCCCUGCCGCGGCGCGCGGCGGCGACGGCGGCGCCAGCCCCAACCGCAGUCCCGUCCCGGGCCUUACGCCGAGCCGGGCUCGCCAUCGACAUCAGAGCUCUGCUGAGUCGGGAGCGCUGGGUGAGUACGGCGAGGAAGAGGAGGAGAGGGGUUAUGGAGACGCGGGGGGUGGUGCACUGGGCCGCGGUGUUGCAAUCAAGGUCGCAGGCUCGGUGGACGGCGGCAGCGAUGUCGGCGGCGACGACGGGCCGGGAGAAGCAGGGGAGGCGGAGGAGGAGAGGGAGGAGGCAGGCUGGUGCCACGCCAUCACCACCGACAAUCAUGCCGAUCUUGCCGUUCCGCACCGCAAGGAAACUGAGCCACGCGAGGGCCGUGGCGGUUUGGCGGCCAGGAGGCGCACCGUUGGGUUUGGCGCUCCAAGACUGCGCGCUGAGGUCGGGGACCCAGGUUUAGCGAUGACGACGACGCAGGCGGGAUGUGUGAGGGAUAGUGCUGGGAGCGUUGGCCAAGAUAUCCUUGAGGCAUGGGGGAGUUUGGGCGGGUGGAGGGGAGAUGUUGUUGGGAGGGCUGUUGGGUGA